CGUUUAACUGUGCUUUGAACAAGUUGUGCGAGUAUAUUACUUGGUGUAAGAGUUGUAUUUUGUUGUUCUUAAAAAUUGUGUUCAUAUUCCCCACCCCAAACUAACAAUGACGCAAACUAUGUUAUCUCCCGUACUUAACGAAGAGCUUAUCAAAAGAGCUCUCCAAAGUUAUCACAAUACAAGUGCUUUUAGUAUAAAAGCUUGUGAAUUUAAGCUUUCAUCGGCAAAUGGAGAAAACUUUUGCAGCGAAAUAUUUCAAGUGGAUGUACAAUAUGAAAUGAAUGGCAAUAAUGAGCGCAAAUCUUUUAUAGUAAAAUUAAUGAUACCGGAAAUUGCCGAAAUCGGUUCGAAUGAAGAAGAAAUGUUUAAUACAGUAUUGCCAGCCAUGGAAAACUGUUUAAAUGCUGAGGAAGUUGACAAUGAUAAUAAAUUAUAUGCCAAAUGUUUGAUAAGUGAAAGAAAAAAGGAGGAAUUUUAUGUUUUGGAAAAUUUAAAUAGUUUGGGUUAUUUUUGUGCCGAUCGUAUAAAGGGUUUAGAUUUGGAACAUGCUUUAGUACUAAUGAAAAAGAUAGCAAAAUUUCAUGCCGCCUCCAUGAUGUUUGCCAAAAAAUUUCCUGAUGUGGUGUCAUCUUUAAGAGGUUCCCAUUUUGAAAAAGGAGCUUCUGAUGUUAUAGCUGAAGCUAUAACUUUUGGUGGUUUUGAAUAUGUAUCAAAUAUGUUAAAAAAUUGGCCUUCAUAUGACUACUUGGCCCAGAGAGUACUGGCAGUUAUACCAAAAUUUAAUAAUAUGGUAAUGGAAGUGGUUAAUUCCCAGAACUCUAAAUUCAAUGUUAUUAAUCAUGGUGAUUUAUGGGUUAAUAAUUUCUUAUACAAAUAUCAUCCCGAAUCCAAUAAGCCCAUAGAUGUGUUAUUUGUGGAUUUUCAAAAUUGUUUCUGGGGUAGUUGUGGUUUUGAUAUCAAUUGGUUUUUGAAUACCAGUUUGGAAUUACAAGUUUUAAAAGAUAAACGCCAGCAUUUAAUAGAAACAUAUUAUCAGCAAUUAAAAGAAACUUUGGAAAAGGGAAAUUAUCCCAAAGCCGAGAUUCCCUCCUUGGAAGAUGUUCUUAUGGAAAUUCGACGUUGUGAAUUAAUUGGUUUAUACACCUCGCUAUGUGAAUUGCCCAUUGUGGCCUUGGAGAAAUCUAAAUCUCAAGGAUUUGAUUGCAAUACUUUUGGCCAGCCAGAGAAAAUGAAGAAAAUAAGAGUUUUAAUGUAUGACAAUCCACGUGUUAAGGAAACUUUGGAACAUACUUUAAAAUAUUAUGAAGAAAUAAAUAUGUUAUAAUAAAAAAAAA